GUGCAAUGCAUUGAGUAAUGUAAUUCAUUACGUAGGUGUAUUUGCGAGCUAUGCCUCCUCUAACAAGUGCCGUGAAGGCAGUUGCACGGGGCAAGCUAACAAACUCAGAUCGCAUCAGCCGUUUCAAGUUGUAGGUCAUAGCAGUCUUUCUUAAUGCAGGUCUGCGUGACCUGUGGGGCCGAAUAUCCCGGACCGUGGAGUUGCUGCAAGAUUUGCCAAGAUGAACGGCAAUACGUCGCAAAGGGUGGUCAGAAAUGGGUGGACAAAGAGGACCUGCUCAAGCAGCACAAAAACAUUGUAAAAGAGGAAGAACCUGGUCUGAUUGGCAUAGGAACCAACCCAACGUUUGCCAUUGGCCAGAGGGCGCUUCUCGUACAAACAGGGGAAGGCAACCUGCUUUGGGACUGCGUCAAUGUUCUGACAGAUGAGACCAAGGAGCAAGUGCGCAAGCUCGGGGGAAUCAAGGCUAUUGCCAUUUCGCACCCCCACUUCUACACUGGCAUGGCAGACUGGGCAGCUGCAUUUGAUGCAGUUGUCUACGUCCAUGAAUUGGACAAGGAGUGGGUCACUACUCCCAGUGGCCGCAUACACUACUGGACAGGUGAUAAGCUGGAGCUGUUUGGAGGCCUGACAGUGCUGCGGCUGGGCGGUCAUUUUCCGGGCAGCGCUGUGCUGCACUGGGACAAGGGGUGUGAGGGCCGAGGCAUCCUCUGCACAGGUGACACAAUACAGGCCACUCCAGGGCAAGGGUGGGUGAGCUUCAUGUACAGCUACCCCAACUUAAUUCCCCUGCCAGAAGCACAGGUGGCGCGAAUAAGGGACACUAUCCAGUCGUGGCCAUACCAGUUUGAGCACCUGUAUGCUGGUUGGUUUGGCAAGGCAGUCUCCUCAAAUGCGCGGGCCGUGGUGCUCAGAUCAGCCGAUCGAUAUGUGGGGAUUCUUAAUGGCACCCUACAGAAGCGAUUCUUCUGAGCGUGCUGUGCUCAGCAAAUGCGAAGAGGUGGGAUGGCAAAUUGACAUGGCUGCAGAGGCAGACGUUGUGUGCAAGACUUCCAACUCAUGCACAAAAGUGGGGUUUUUGGCUUCAGGGCCACAUGACUGGCUGUGACCUGUUCAUGAAGAUAGGCACAGACAUGCAGGGAGAAGAAGUCGAAAUGUCUCCAGAGCUUUGAUUGUGAAGCUGCAGGGAACAAUUUACACAGCUAGAUAUUGCAGCCCGGAAGUUCAUUAUUUGAAAUUGAAACUAUUACAGCUCCGGUGUAAUUCUAAAGCAGGGUGGCAGCUCGCGAGUCUGGCAGAUGCCACUGGCAGAACCAUGAAUAAGUCUUGAAGGCAGAAAAACAAUCCACCCUACACCGUCGUGGGCAAGACAUAUCUGUACAGUGAUGCCAACACUUUCUAUAUUAAUCAACUGGCAUGCAAUGCAAAAAUCUUCAUGGGAGCUUUAGCUCCAAAUCCGACAAAAAAUGGUCUGGCAAAAGCAUGAAAUGCGCUCUACUCUAAAUCUACAGAGAUACUAGUUCUGCUUGUGUGUAUUCGGUCGGAUGCCUCUGAAGCGUCCUGACCCAAGUCUGCUUGGUCUGCAACUCUCAUCAACCCACUGUGCAAUGCACUGUUGACUUCCAUGCAGAUUGCAGUUUCCCUUGCCCUUCCCUCUGUAUUGGCAUCUAUGUCACUUCUGUUCUGACAAGCCCGAUGCUAUUCCACAAGCUACAAAGCUACAAUUUAUGCUCAUGAGAGACAGUGCAUUCUCAUGCCAGCUCGCCCUCUCCAGGACUCUCCCAGCAAUCGUAUGAUCCUACAUUGUGAUGACCUGAGAAACAUGUGUCCGGUAAGUGAUUUUUUGCAUAAUUUCACCGUUCCCCAAUCCCCCUGAAGCCCAGCGCGCAUCAGGGGAUCAACCCAGCCUUGCACCUCAACGGGAAAGGCCUUAGGGGUAUCUCUAUUUAAGAAGUCACAUGCUGCAUAUGAACUUUGAAUUCUGCUCUAAUUCUGUCGACUGCACACCCAAUGCUGCACUUCUGUGCUUGCAUGCCCACAAACCCACGGUUGCAUCAUGUUUCACAGAAGACUGCGCAAGCCUGCAGCGGCAGCAGGGGCAGCUCGGCUGAUGCAAGGACCACCUCUGGAGACCGUGCCCAGCCACAUCAAACGCGCAGCCGAAAUUGCACUCCCAGCCAAAUCAGGCGCUUUGACCAGAACCGGAAUCAUUACCAAAUCAGACAAUCCACCAUAUCAGGCAGAGAACCAUGAUCAGUCCAGAUUAGGUGAUCCGCCAGAUCAGGCAGACAUCCGAGGUAAGCCAAAUCAGGCGAUCAGACGAGUCAGCCAGAAUGCUGGUUGGCGGCGCUCUUGUCCUGCAACGAGGCGACGUUUGCCGCCGCCGGCUGGCUCAAGCCGCCGCCGAAAGCCGCCUGCGCAAGCGCGGAGCCGAUGGCUGCCAGAGGGUCGGCGGGCUGC